UCCAAACUUUAGUCAUGAUCAAUGUGUCGCCGUCAUCUCUGCGCUGUCUUUAAACAUUUGACAUGAUAUCUUAAAUCAAUACACGCAAAAUGUUAUCAAACAGCUGCUUGUCUUCAUAAAGGACUGGAACUAAUAUUUUCUCCCUGUAGGAACAAUGGCAGACACAAAUCGACCUCAGCGUAAGCUGUCCACAGCAGGACAAAGUUUAUACGUUACAUUAGGCCUGGAGAAAGGCGCUUCAGCUGAAGAUCUUAAGAAGGCAUACAGGAAACUGGCACUGAAGUAUCACCCAGAUAAAAACCCCAACAAUCCAGAAGCGGCUGAGAAGUUUAAAGAGAUCAACAAUGCCAACACCAUUCUCACCGAUGAAACCAAACGGCAGAUUUAUGACGAGUACGGCUCUAUGGGCCUGUACGUCGCUGACCAGUUCGGAGAAGAGACGGUGAAAUACUACUUCCUGUCUUCCAAAUGCUGGUUUAAGACGCUGUUGGUGUUGGCGAUGAUCUUCACGGGCUGCUGCUGUUGUUUCUGCUGUUGUUUCUGUUGUGGGAAAUGUGGAGGCUCGGAGAGCGAAGAUCAUUUUGAGUAUAUGGAUCCGGAAGAGCUUGCGGCCGAGAUGUCAGAAGAGCAGAAAAGAGGCAAUGACACAGUCAUCACAGGACAGCCGAUUCCCUGUCCAGAACCUGGACAUUCAGAACACACUGUGAUUGUGGGAAUGCCCAUUCCUGCUCAAUGCCCUGAAUACUCAGAUGGAGACACUGUCAUACUCGUCCCUCCAGACACACACCUGGAUAUGACACAACAAUAGUCUUUGUUUCUGUCUCACCCAUGUCUCACUGAAGGUUUUUGUUGCUAAACUCUGGUUUAGUCUCAGUGGUUUGUAUUACACACAGCGUCUGUGCAAUAUGCGGCUUGUUUACAUCUUUUUUAAUGUUUCUUUUGUAACAUAAUUGCUUAAAUGUUCCAAUAUUUGUAUUGCAAAGACACUUUAUUUUCUCAAAUAAAGCUCUCCUAGAUGACCUGUAGAAAGACGGUUGUCAACCGUAAAAUGGGUCACGGGUUUGUUCUGAUUAUUAAUAUCAUCAUCAUCUCUUCUCCCUCUUGUGGUCGAAAACCUGUGUAUGAUUCUUUCUUCAGUGGAACACAUAAGAAGAUCUAUUUUGAGAAAUGUCUCCGUGGUUUUGUGUUCAUUCAAUGGAGUUGUUUGAUUAUCAAUGUUCUUCAAAAUAUCUUUUUGUGUGUUACUCACACUUCUGCUGUUGUUUAUUGCAUGUAUAAAUUGACGGUUAUCCUGGUUAGGUUCAUUUUGCAUUUUGUCGAGCCUGUGCAGUCCAUGAUGAUAUCAUAUCUAAGUAAUAGAUAUCUAUCAUUUCUGUGUUGAUUUGUCGUAUAGUCAUCUUACAUACACGGAAACACAACAUGUGCCAAAAUCAGAAUUACGGGCAGAUUAUCACAAUGGAUGUGGAACUUCUGUUGACUUCAGGAAAGUUGUUGAGACUAUCAAUGCAGUCUGAUAAAGAAAACAAUGACCAAUCUUUGCUAUGUGUGUGUACAUAAAUAGGGAUAAUUUAUCAAUUGAAAUGAAAAUUGAGAAUGAUUUAUUCUGAGUGCUUUUGUCAACUUCAGUUGACCAUCGACCAUUGCAUUAGACACAUUAAAAAACAAAAUAUAUUAUUUGAUCAUUUACUGUUGAUCGUUUUGUGUUUUGUAAUGUUUAAAUGUAGGAGCGUUUAUACAGUACAUAUUAAAUGUGGUUUAUUCUAUUUAUGAUGGUAAUGCUGCGCAGCCUCAGGGAUUUUAUAUGCCACAACAAGGACAACAUUAAUUGUGAGGAUUAUAAAAUAUAAAUAAAUGAAUACUGUAUCUGCUCGA